GUAACACCCUAUAUUUGGACCUAUCUGCACUACAUUAACCAAUUAAUCGUGUAUUUCUUCACAGAAAAAACCAUUUAAUCGUGACUUUGCAGUUUGCUCAAGGGAAAACCAUUUUAAUCGUGACCAUAUGUGGGGUCGUUGAUUGGCCGUUAACCUUGAAGAACAUAUUUCAUCAUUAUUUCUACAUUUAAAUUGUGGGAAACCGAUUCAAUCCCUAUAAUUCACUGCGAAUUCGUCGGGACAAUUGAAAUCUACCGCGCUGGUCGUUUGAAAUCCAUGCUUUUGGAGGAGGUGGUGUCAGCUAUGGAUGUUACAAACACCAACAGGGAGGGAGCAGGGAUUCCACUUAUGGUAAACAGCAAUGUGAUAAGGAACAACCAGACACCUCCCCCUUCAUUUCCAUCUGUAAAUGGAGCUGCAACUUAUCUUUCUGAGACAACUUCAUAUCUAACCAGUUGCUUCCCUGCUAUUUCUGAUGAUGUGCCUGGAGGUCCUGAUGCUCCUGAAAAAAUGGUACUUGCUUCUGAAGAACUGAGAGAACCUUUAUUGAGGAACAAUGGUGGACCCCCUUCCACAGUUUCAGGAUCAUUCACAGCUACUACUAAUGCACCACGUAUUCGUGAGGAAAUAACAAGAAUUACUGAAGGAGAUCAUGCUCAAAAUAAUGUUUCUGGUGUGCAAUCUGAUGAAACCAGGACACCCGGGAUUUCCAUGUUUCAAGGACUUGUUGACCGGGUUCGGAAAACAAUGCAUGGGUCAUCUGAUGACAUUGGAUGGCUACAAAGGGAUCCAGAGAUGCCACCUGUCGAAGAUGGGACAGAACGUUUUAAUAGUAUUCUUGAAAAUAUUGGGCAUGGUAUACACGUGUUGCCAACCUCAGUGGUUUAUCUCUUGGUUCCAGGUCUUUUUAGCAACCAUGGACCACUUUAUUUUACUACUACAAAGGCAACUUUCUCAAAAAUGGGAUUGACAUGUCACAUUGCUAAGAUUCAUAGUGAGGCAUCGGUUGAAAAGAAUGCAAGAGAACUAAAAGAGUACAUCGAGGAGAUCUAUUGGGGUUCCAAAAAGCGUGUUUUGCUUUUAGGCCAUAGUAAAGGAGGAGUAGAUUCAGCUGCUGCUUUAUCAAUUUAUUGGCCGGAAUUGAAAGAUAAAGUUGCUGGGCUCGCGUUAGCACAAAGCCCAUAUGGUGGUAGCCCUAUAGCUUCCGAUAUUAUGAGAGAAGGGCAAAUUGGGGAUUACUUCAAUGUCCGAAAACUUAUGGAAAUCUUGAUUUGUAAAGUCAUUAAGGGCGACUUGCAAUCCCUGGAAGACCUAACCUACGAAAAGCGUCGCGAAUUCUUAAAAAAACACCACUUACCAAAAGAACUCCCGGUGGUGUCUUUCCACACGGAAGCCAACAUCUCACCAACCGUUUUAGCGACGCUUUCUCGCGUGGCGCACGCAGAGCUCCCAACAUUCCCUCCUCUAUCAUCAAACCAAGCGGCGACUGUGUUGCCGGUUGUGGUCCCGUUAGGAGCCACAUUGGCCGCCUGCGCUCAACUUCUACAGAGCCGGUACAGUGAAAAGAGUGAUGGGCUCGUGACGUGUCGGGACGCGGAGGUCCCUGGGUCGGUCGUGGUUCGACCCAAACGGAAGUUGGACCAUGCGUGGAUGGUUUACUCCUCCACUAAUGAUGAUCCCUUGGAACCCGAUGCUUCUCAAGUGUGUGAGGCUUUGAUGACUUUGGUUGUCGAAGUUGGACUUAGGAAGAAACAUUAUCUUAGUGUUAAAGAGGAAUGAGGGGUAUUUUUGUACAUUGACACAACAUCGUGGCCCCCGUUGCCAUGGUGAGUUGUGAAGAUCAUGUAUGUUAAAGUUUUUUUUAUAAUGGAAAUGAUGUAAAUACUUUUUAGAUGUGGUUUUUGUUUUUUUUUUUUUGGUGGAAGGUUAUGUAUGUUGCUUUGGUA